CUGAGCAAUAUAAAUACAUAUACACAGACAGAGAGAGAGAGAGAGAGAGAGAGAGAGAGAGAGAGAGAGAUGGGUUGGGGUGGGAUAUUGGGUUUUGAGUAUGGAAUUGUUCAAGCACCAUUGGGACCUGAUAUUGCUGGACCCGAGCUUGUUGCUGCUGUUGCUAAUGCUGGGGGACUUGGUUUCCUCAGAGCCCCUGAUUGGGAGUCACCACAUUACCUGCGGGAGCUCAUAAGGAAGACUCGAAGCUUAACUGACAAACCGUUUGGGGUUGGUGUUGUUCUGGCGUUUCCGCAUGAGAAAAAUAUACAAGUCAUUUUGGAUGAAAAGGUAGCAGUGCUGCAGGUUUACUGGGGUGAAUGUUCAGAGGAGCUUGUAUUGAAAGCUCAUCAGUCUGGGGUUAAGGUUGUUCCUCAAGUUGGCAGCUUGGACAAAGCGAAUAAAGCAAUAUAUGCUGGUGUAGAUGCAAUUAUUGUUCAAGGGCGUGAAGCAGGAGGGCAUGUGAUCAGUCAGGAUGCUUUGAUUUCAUUGUUGCCCAAGGUAGCUGAUCUUGUUGGAGAUCGGGAUAUACCUGUUAUCGCGGCCGGUGGUAUAGUGGAUGGCCGUGGAUAUGUUGCUGCUCUGGCCCUUGGUGCUCAAGGGGUCUGCCUAGGCACUAGGUUUCUUGCAACUCAGGAAAGCCGUGCUCAUCCCACAUACAAGAGGAAGCUGGUUGAAUUUGACAGAACUGAGUACACUGAUGUAUUCGGGCGUGCAAGGUGGCCUGGAGCGCCGCAUCGCGUUCUGUAUACACCAUUCUUCAAUGAUUGGAAAUCUCUUCCUCCUCAUCAGAAUGAAGCAGAUCAGCCUGUCAUCGGUCAUUCGACAAUACAUGAUAGGGAAAUAGAAAUUCGUCGUCUUGCCGGUACUGUUCCAAAUGUGACUGCAACUGGUGACAUUGAAGGCAUGGUGAUGUAUGCUGGCCAAAGUGUAGGCCUCAUCAAGGAAAUUUUACCUGCAGGGGAGGUGGUAAAGAGGCUAGUUGAAGAGGCUCAACUUCUGAUAAAGCACAAGUUCGGUGAUAUAUUGUUGACUCAUAGCUGAGCCAGAUGAGUUUCCCACUGUAGAAUUUAUAGAGUUGGGCUGCUGUGGUCAACAAAGUUUGUUGAUGGAUGACUUUCCCCUCCCCUAGUUUAGAUUUGAUUAAAGUAGAAUAUCGCUUGUAUAAAAAAUAAAAAAAAAUAAAAAAAAGACCAUGGAUGUUCCCUUUCUAUUAGUACAAUCUUGUAACUUCACUAAAUUUUUUGUUAAUGCUAUAAUAAUAGGUUAAGCAAA